GGAGGAUAUCUAAUCAUAGUUUAUCAUUCAGUGUGUACGUUUGCAUUUAGAGCUACACAAUGAUAUCCUAGCCAAGAUGCAAGAAAACAUGAAAGUAUUUUACUCAGAUAUAACAAGAAGUGACAAUCAUAUCCAGAACGAUCUCUAUGAUUUAGUGACAGUCAAGGUUGCCGUGCCGAUAGUAAUAAAUAAUAAUGAGAACGGAAACUAUCCUAAAUGUUAUUUUGAACCCAAAGUUGACAAGCAUUAUAUACCAAAGAAAAAAAGUAGAUUAAAAGUUAAAACUGUUCGAGAUAUCCGCAAUUUGUUUGAAAAAGACAUCUUUUCUUUCUUACCUCAAGAGUUAGAAAAACAGCAAAGCUUUUUACUGAGAAAAAUAACCGCAGGUUCUUCGAGAAAUGAAAAUACUAAAACGUUAGCUAAAAAUAUGUUAAAUGGCGACAAACCCAUUUCUCGAUCAGCGUGGCAAAUGUUAACUAACCUUAAUCCAGAGGGACAUACACAUAAUAUUCAAUACUUUCUAUGGAAUGGAAAAAAAAUUCGGGUUAAUGGGAGUAAAGGAGGAAAAACUAAAUUUUUAUGUAACUACGAUUUAAGCAAAAGAAAAGUUUGCACUAGAAAAGAAUCUAAAAAACCUAUUGUCGAUAGUAAAAAGGGGCUUUUACGAAAUUCAUUAACCGUAAAAUUUAAACCAGGUCCUCUUACAAAAAAAGUUGGUUUAGAUGAUUCUUAUCAAAAGUACAACGUUGGUAACGUCGAGCUUGUAAACCUUCCGAAGCCUGGACUUGAAAUUCAACCUGCUUACGGAAUUACUAUGGAGCCGAGAAUUUCGAACUUUUUACAUAAUUUAAGAAACGUGGAUGGUUCCAUAUCGAAGACAUGGGCUGAACUGGCAACAUCUGUUCUAGGAUCCAUUCGUAAUCAAGAACUUGUUCAAAACGAAGAAUCGAGUGUAACUUUUGAAUUGAAAUAUAAAUGUGACCAGAAUCGUUUACUCAUGCGUCGUGAUCUGAAUAGCAACAGUAAUAAAAUUAAUCCUGAUAAUGACAUACAUCACAUUUCGAAUUUGUCAACUGGACCAAUAGAAGUGCCACUUGAAAUUCAAACCGUAGUGAGAAAUCUUUUAGAUGCCGUUGACAUUAGCUUACAACAAGAUAACUUGUACACGGGAGUAGAUGACACUAGGAAACAAAUUCGUAAUGACGGCUUUAAAAAAGAAAUCAACAUUGCCUCAGGGAAGGAAAAGAUAUUCAAAAGAAAAUAUAACGAACUGGACAGACUUGACGUUACUGUCAUAAGGUUGCCCGAUGCUCCUCAGGAGAAAGACUUUAAGAAAUGCUCAAAUAGUUUUUGCACUUUAGGAUGUGUUUGUGCUUCCUUACAAUGUGUUUACAAUUUAAAGGACCAUUGUGGGCAUGCAGAAUGUAUGUUUCAAUGCACAUGUGAUUUUUCAAAGUUCAAAACUACUGAUUCAUUUGAUAACAAUUGUACUGGAUUAAUACCAGGUUUGGUCAAUUUAAACGAGAAAAUUAAUCUUAGAUUAGCGAAAGAAGAGCAAAAAUUCCAUCAGACAGUUGUAGUAACAGGAGAGAAAAGUAUUUUACUAAAGUCUGAAAAACGAAAUUGGAAAGCUUCUAAACGAUAUGGAGAAUUUUACAGUAACAUGUGUUUGAAAUCUGGCUUGAAAACUCAACCUAUAUUGUCAAUCUUAGAUUUUAAAAUUAAUUGUGAAAACAUAGAACCAUGGUGCAUGGUCCAUAAUUUAUACAAGUGUUUCUGUAAUGGAAGGUUUACUGAAAAUUCACUUUCUAGUAAAAAUCUUCUAGAGGAAAAAGAAUUGAAUGAGACAGUAGCUCACGACGGUAUACAACCUAACACGGACGUUUCUAUCCAGUGA